AUGAGGAAGUUGGACAGGCUGUUCCUCAGGGGCAAUGGCUUGCGAACGCUGCCCCCUAGGCAAUCAGACGGGCUCCCAAACCUAACUUUCCUGGAUCUCAGUGAGAAUCAUAUCCAGGCUCUGCCACCCGGGUCUCUGCGGGGACUUCAGGUCCUAAACACCCUCAUCCUUAGCCUCAACCAGAUCCGCACCUUGAAGCCUGGAGCACUAGAGGGGGCACCAAAGCUCACCAUCCUCCAUUUCAGUGGCAACGCCAUUGAAGAGCUGGAGGAGAGCGUGUUCGAGAACUCCACAAACUUGGAGAAACUGAUUCUGUCGAGGAACAAUUUUCAAAGCAUGAAGAAUGGUUCCCUCAGAGGGGCUGUGGGCCUGCAGCACUUGGACCUAAGCAGUAACAAGCUGGGGUCUGUACCUGUGGCUGCCCUCAAAAAUACCCCUCACCUCCAGAGCUUGUACCUUCAAAAGAACUAUCUAACCAGCCUCCCAGAGAAUGCAUUUGUUGAUCUCGUGUCACUGAAAUUGUUGGAUCUAAGCAACAAUCACUUGAGUUCAAUCUCUGAGAUUUCCCUGACAGGGUUAAGUGAACUAGGCAAGCUAGAUCUUAGCUUCAAUAAGGUUCUGUCCCUUCCCUCAAUGCUGUUCCGAGACCUGGGAAAGCUGGAGGUCUUGGACAUUUACCAUAACGAGCUGAGAUCCCUCCCAGCAGGUCUGUUUCACAACACAACCCUACUGAAAGAGCUUCAGCUAGACAGCAACAACAUCUCUCAGAUAGCUCCUGACGUCUUUCACCAAACAACCACACUCCGGGAGCUGCAGCUGGACAACAAUCGUCUGUCUGACCUCCCUGUGACCUUGUUCUCCAAUCUCAGAGCACUCAGGCAUUUGUACCUAAACCAAAAUAUGCUCUCAGGGAUUCCCAAAGCCUUGUUCCAUAGGAACCAAAACUUACGGGAACUCCAUCUGGACAAUAACUAUCUCUACUCUCUCCCGGACUCUGCCUUCCAAGACCUCACUAAACUCAAGACCCUCAAGCUCCACAACAACCACCUCACCACCCUCCACCCUGACCUAUUUGCCCACCUCAAGAGUCUGAAAGACCUUCAUCUCAAUGAGAACGAGAUUGAGAAGCUUCCUGUAGGUUUGUUUAAAGAGCUUAGGAACCUCAAGACUCUUGAAUUGGACAAUAACCGCCUGAACACUUUGGAUCCAAAGGACUUUGAAGGUAUUUCUGAUCUCAGGGAGCUCCACCUUAGCUUCAACCUCCUCUCUGAGCUGCCACAAGAUGCCUUUCACUCCCUGGUGCACCUUCGGAAGCUCUAUCUCCACAACAACCAUCUCACCUCCCUACCCGCUCGCAUCUUCAGCCCACUAGAACGCCUAAGUGACCUGGACCUGGACAACAAUUGGCUUGAACACCUGCCCCCUGAGCUCUUCCAAACCCUCGGCCAGCUCCGGAUGCUCUACCUCAAGUCAAACCGCCUCAAGGCCCUUGAGAAUGGGACGCUGGCGCCCCUGAAGUCACUGAAGGCCAUCCACAUGGACAGGAACCCCUGGGAAUGUGCCUGUGCCUCAGUCCUAUAUGUAAGCGAUUGGGUCCGCAAAAAUCCCAAGCUGGUCCAGGACAACCCCAGGUGCUCUGCCACGAAAGUGCCUCUGUCCCAGCCGGCUCUGUACCCCUCACUGCUCCCCCUGCACUGUCCUGAGGCUGGAGGUAGCUCCGGCCACAGUCCAUCAGUUCAAAUGCUAGCCUCACUCCUGGCUGUUCUCUGGGUGAUGGGUUUUCUGUGA